AUGCUGAAAUUAAUUAUUAUACUAAUAAUAUUCUCUUGUUAUUGUUCUCCUGUCGAUACCAAUGACGAUAAAUGUGGGAAGGAUUUAAAUUUAGUAGAAAAAUUUUUUGAAUUUUUGUACAACGAUAAGGGAAUAAAAGAUGAAUUUAAAUCUAUUCUUCUCAAUAAAUAUUCAAUAUUUAUAACUAAAAUGGCAAAUAAAAAGGCACGGAAAUCAAGGAAAACAAAGGAGAAAAAUUUAAUUGAGGAGAACGAUAAAAAUGAUUCCCCAAAGUCUUCAGGGACGAGCAGUUUGAAGUUGAUGAACACUGAAGUUGGUAAUAAUGAGAGGAAUUAUGAGGGAAGAAAGGAGGUACAAAUAGUACAGACGUUUAAUGAAUUGUUGAAUAAAAACAAAGUUGAUAAAAAUGAUUCCCCAAAGACUUCAGAUGCGAGCAGCUUGAAGUCGCUAAACGAUGAAAUUGGUAAUAAUUUGGAGAAAAUUGAGGUGCAAAAAGCAAAGACGUUUACUGAAUUGCUUAAUGAAAAUAGUGAUGAUAAUAAGGAGGCUGAACACCCCACAGAAGACAGGAACAUAUUGGAGUUGGAGGGAAGGACUGGAUGGAUUUCCCCUGAAAGUUCUUCAAAACAGGCUAAUAUUGAUAAUUAUAAAGAAGUCGAACCAACACCAGAAGGUGAUGUUGAUUUGGCUUUUAAGGCACACAAAGCGCAAAUACUCGAGGAAUUGUUUAGAGAUGAUAUUGAUAAUCAUAAAGAGGCUCAACACAUACCGGAACCAGCCCAAGAAAAUAGCAAAGGAGUGGAGGUGGUUGACUUGACCUCAGUUCCGAGCCCUUCAAAUCAAUCGCCAAAUCAUCUGCCAGACAAUGCCACCAACGGUGCUUUUUAUUUUAUCAACUAA